CGCGUCACGUCGCGCGCCAGACCGUGUUCCUUCCUCUACCGCUAUCACUGUCACCCGCUUAUCGACAGUUCGUCGCUUGAAAAACGCCGCAGCUCCUCGUUCUUUCGCGACAACAGCUCGCAACCCCUCCCUUUUGGUGUGCGCGACACGGUCGCCAUGGCGGACCUCUCUGACGUUAUAGCUGAGUGGCUUACGAACUCAAACGAAUGCUUCCAUAUCAAUCUCGUCCGCCCUGCCGGCGCCAAAGACAAGCAAAAGCGCAUCCUUGAAGAGCCAUUCCAUCCAAGCUUCACCUACGAAAUAUUCGGCAAUGAAGAGAAAAUCAUCGGAUACAAGGACCCCAAGAUAUACUUGGACUUUCGCGCAAACGAUUUGAAGCCGACGAUAGACCUUCAGUUUAAGCACAAAAUGUGCAUGGACGAAUUCUUUCCCAAGGACAAUACCCAGGAGCUCGACAUGGAGAAAGCACUGAGGAAAUUUGUCGCUCCAAAUGCAUUCGAUUCUACCGAAACCUCCAAGCCCACAGGACCUGACCCAACCUCGUCCUCGUGGAAACCGCCAGGCGAGCUCCUGCAAGGUUUCAAGCUACAUGGGAAGCAAUUCGAGAUUUGGAAGACAAGCCUGGCCGAUGUAGUGGCAAAGGAACUUUACCGGAACAUGCAGGUUCUUGUACCUCUCUUCAUCGAGGGUGGCAGCUUGCUUGAGUUGGACGAUCCAGACUGGACUAUCGAGCGCUGGACGCUCUUCCUACUCUACGAAGUCACUCCUCUCAAGAACCCCUCAACAUCCCCAUACACAAUCGCUGGCUUCUGUACGACGUAUAGACUAUGGGUCUUUCCAACUUUCGAGAUAAUGCACGCGACGAAAUCUCUUCCAUCUCCGCCAGCUAGCAGCAACGGGGACGCGACUUCCUGCAAUCCACCUCGCCUGACGCAAGAUCCCGAAACGUAUCUUAUAAACGAACACAUAGAUCCUCUGCAAUCUCCAUCCCGCGAACGGAUAUCUCAAUUCGUCGUUCUCCCUCCCUUUCAAGGACAGUCCCUCGGAGCUAGGUUAUACGAAUCAGUGUACCAAUGUCUGCUCAAGACUCCAAAUAUCUACGAGAUUACAGUGGAGGACCCAAGUGAGGCGUUCGAUGCAAUGCGCGACUACAGCGACAUUGUCUUCCUCCGGACACUACCUGCUUUUAACGCUCUCUCCCUCCCCUCAACCCUGCCUCCUGAAACUCUAAGAAAAGACGCCCCCAUUCCACGCGAGCUCAUUCUAGGCUCAGAUACUAACCUCACCGCACUCCGGCAUGAAGCUAAGAUGGUCCCUCGUCAAUUUAACCGGAUGGUCGAACUUCAUCUCCUAUCGACAAUACCCCUCCUCAACCGCAACACUGCCCGCAUCACCCGAAAAGAGAAGUCGAGUGGUGAAAACGACCGGAAGUUCUAUUUCUGGCGCCUAGCGCUAAAAGAUCGUAUCUACCGACAGAACGCGGACCAACUCGACGCGACGGAAGACGUCGAGGAGCGUAUACACGCAGUUGAGGGCGGGGUAAACAACCAGCAAGAGGAAUACAAUGAAAGGCUGGAGGGCAUUGAGAAGAGGGCGAGGCGAAAUCCGGUUGAGAGUGAGGAAAAUAGUGAAAGAAGUAAGGGCAAGCGAAAAAGAGCUGUGAUCAUUGAGGACGAUGAAGAUGAUGAGGAUAUUGAUGUGGCUUCGAUCGCAAGCUCCAAGAAGGUAAAGGCCUGAAUAUCUCUAUGCAACAGGAGUGAGUCGUCUGGAACGGAAUGGAGUUUAAGGUGCUACCAUCGGACGUGUGUUCCG